CGGCAGGCGAUUUUCUCGCUCACUUCGAUUCUCAAUUGCCCUGGUUCGAAAAAUGAAAACUACUUUUUUGUCUGUCUUGGCUCUGUGCCUCAUUGGCGCAUCUGCAGCACCUGGACUCCAGGGACGGAGUCGUGGAUUCGAUGAUGGAGAGCCCAUCAGUCCAGAUGGAAAGGGUGGCCCUUUUUCAGGCGGCACCAACCAUCAGCUGGACUUGCAAAAUCCCAAUAAUCUGGGUGAGCAGUCCACGGACAACGGCGUUGUCCCAAACCUCAAAUGGAGCUUCUCCGACUCUAGAACGCGUAUCUUGAAAGGCGGUUGGGUUCGAGAGCAAGUUGUCACCGAUCUUCCCUCAAGUCAAGAUGUUGCUGGUGCUCAAUUUCAUCUGGAGAAGGGAGCUAUUCGAGAGCUACACUGGCAUCGAGUGGCCGAAUGGGGCUUCGUCUAUGCUGGCCACGUAACUGUGUCGGCCGUCAACGAGAAUGGCGGGUACGAGGUUGCAGAACUCGGCUACGGCGAUAUAUGGUAUUUCCCUAAGGGAGUUGCACACUCAGUACAGGGCCUUGAUGAUGAGAAUGAAUUCCUCCUAGUUUUCGAUGACGGCGAUUUUGAUAAGAUUGGCACCACUUUCCACGUCGACGACUGGAUCGCUCAUACCCCUCGCUCAGUUCUAGCAAAGAACUUUGGCGUUGAUGAGUCUGUCUUCGACUCCAUCCCUGCCGCUGACCCUUACAUUAUCAACGGGACGAUUAGCACACAUAACGUCACAGGAGCCUCUCCACCGCUCUCUGGCGAUAGCUCCUUCGUCUAUCGAACAUUGCAGCACUCUCCUGAGAAGAUCGGUGGGAGCGGCGGCGAGCUUCACAAGAUCGAUUCGACAAACUUCCCAAUUAGCAAGACGAUCGCUGCAGCAUUGAUAACGUUAAAACCUGGCGCUUUAAGAGAGUUGCACUGGCAUCCAAACGCCGCGGAAUGGCUCUACUUCCACAAAGGCACCGCUCAAGCCACCGUCUUCAUCGGCAAUGCCGCCGCCCGCACCUUCAACUUUCGCGCCGGUGACACGGCAGCAUUCCCCGACAACUCGGGACACUACAUCGAAAACACUUCAGAUACGGAGGACCUCGUCUGGAUCGAGAUAUACAAAUCGGAUCGCGUGGCCGAUAUUUCACUUACACAAUGGCUCGCGCUGACCCCACCAGACAUUGUUGCGCAGACGUUGAAGGUCCCCUUGGAGUUUGUGGAGAAGUUGAAAAAAGAGAAGCAAGUAUUGAUUCAAUAAAUAAAUAUCACAGUGUCUAUAAAUCUAUGACGUUAAGAGACAUUUUAUCAAGAAAAAGACAUUAUAUUCAAAUCGUGUGCAGAUUCAUUCGUUAAAAACAUAAAGGCUAAUUUCUCUUUAAUUCAAUAUAUACAUAUUGCGUCAGGC